AUGGAUAUGUUCCCGAAAGGAGAACAAGAGUUUCUCUCAGGGAAUUCAUCUGUUUUCAUCUGCAAAUUAGGGAGCACGAAGAUGGAAUUAAUUUACAAGUGUAGGCAAUUAUUUCAACAAUUUGUUGUUGAUUGUUUCACAAUGAUAGAGUCCCAAAGGUUGUAUGAGAUUAGAAAGAAGCAAAGUACAAUUAGAGUAGAAGUCCUUCAAGGAAUAGAGGAGGCUAUGCGUCGUGGUGAUGACGAAGCUUCUUCAAUUGGGACACGAGUUAUUUUGUCUUCCUCUUUCACUGGCAGUAGACGUUAUAUGUUUAACCAUUGUCAGGAUGCCAUGCGAUUCACAGAGCGAGAGCGAAUUCCUAUCGCUGAUCGUCCUGACAUCUCUUGUCGUGUUUUUCAUGCUAAGUUGAAGUGCCUCCUAAGCGAUCUUAAGGAAAGUGCUCACAUAAAUCUUGAAUUUUGUAACAAGUCAAAUGCCAUUAAGUAUCUUUUUAAGUAUGUCAAUAAAGGUCUGGAUCGAGUGACUGCAACUGUUGGAGAUACAUACCAGGGUGGUCAAUCUUCUGAAGUAGUUGAUGAGAUCAAAUAA